UAAAUAUAAACAUUGCAAUCGCUGCAUUGUCAAUCAAAAUUCAAUUUCAAACAGUUUUACACAUUCAAACCGCUUAUAGUAUUACUUUUUCUUAGAAUAUUGUAUUUAAUAUUUCGUUCUUUAUGUAAUAUUAUAAUUUAUAUUAUAAGAAAAAAUCGUUUAAGUGUUCAAGAAACGUUAUGAUUUUUUUUAAACAAUUUUAACAAUUUUGAUUCAUAUUUUAUUAUAUGUGCUGUUAUAAGAUAAAACUAAAAAAAUGAGGGGAUAUUUGCUAUUUCUUUUUCUAGUCACGGACGUCUUCUGUUACAAAAAGAACCACACCUUUUUCGGAGAUGAUUUCAAGUGCUCCCUGCCAGACGUAACAACCGUUGAUGAUAAUCUCGAUAUCGGUAGAUUUCGUUCAGACUUUGCUAAAAUAUCUGAGGUGAAGUUCCCUGGCAUCAUUGGACCGACCAAUGAACACCUUAUUUGCAAAAUUAAGUGUAUCGAUGGAAAUUGGGUGGGACCUCUGUGUUCACAAACACCGAAUGGCAGAUUCCAACCGGUGUUCAGAGAGUGCCUGUACCGCAAUCAGAAUCCCCUACUAGCUGUGUCAUUUAAAAACGACUCCAUACUUAUAGACACAUACUUCCCACAUGGGUCGGUGAUAGUAGCGAGAUGCAAACACUUUGGCCUGUACAAACUCACCGGUGACAACGUGCUGAGGUGUGAGAAUGGGGACUGGUCUUCUAAAUUGCCACAGUGCGUCCCAACGUCUGUUAUCACUAACUACACAGGUGGUGCGCCUCCAACGAUCCAGUACAUUGCGGUGACCGGAUCAGCCAUAGUGGAACAGAAUGGGGAGUUAUACGUGUACCCUGGUAGCACGGUGUGGCUGGACUGUCUCUGGCCCCAGUCCCUGGGCAAACCUGAUUGGAGCUGGACACAGAUGCACAGUCACCACGCUGCGUGGGCGAGCCACACGGGCGACGCGGACCACUACCGGCUGGUCCUGAGCCGCGUUUCUGCGCGUCACAGCGACAGCUACACGUGCGCGUCGCCCGCGGGCCACACUAACACCGUCGCCGUUAGAGUUGUUAACAUAGUGUGCCCCCCCAUCAACGUGACGUCACCACAUGUGCACCAGUACGCGCAAGGCACGCGGCUAGGGAACGCGGUGCACUUCAGCUGCCAGCCCGGCUAUCACCUCAACGGAUCAGCUGUUGUAACUUGUAUGGGGGACGGCCGCUGGUCGUCCGGGCCGCCGACGUGCGCGGAGACGCUGUGCCCGGUGCUGCGGGCGGGCGGCGCGCACCUGAGCGUGCAGGAGUACAGCGCGGCGCUGGGCGGGCGCGCCGUGUUCGCGUGCGCCUGGGGCUACCGGCUCGUGGGCGCGCCCGGGCUCGAGUGCGAGCGCGGCGGCCGCUGGUCCGGCGACGUGCCGCACUGCACGCCUAUCUACUGCCCCGACCCGCUGAUACCAGAAAAAGGCCGUUUGCUAACCUCGGCGUCUUCAAGAGACGGCAAGUACCCAGUCGGAGACCUCAUCAUAUACUCCUGUGAGCACGGCUACGAUAUAGUCGGUGAAUCGUCUAUAGUUUGCACGGAAAACGGCUUCUGGUCACACCCCCCACCCUUCUGCUUACCCCCGUCGGAAAUAAAAAAAACUGAUACCAUUUAUGUCGAUAACACGACGCUUGUUAAUUUUGAAGAGUGACAGCCUUCGUUUUUUAUAAAUUGCUACAAUAAAAAAAGUGUAUGUGCGUGUGUGCAAUUCACACACGUCAGAAGUGAAACUUCUGUUAAGUUGCCUACGAGACUACUAGACUAUUAGCCUACGAUGCCAUUUCUUUUCCCGAGAAUAUAAAAUACUGUGUAA